CCGGCCUUGGGGGUGCUGUGUCGGUUCGUUUCGGUUGGAAGAUUCAGCUGUGAACCUCAGACUAUUUUGACAAAUUGUUUCAAACUGCGCAACAGUAUUUUGAAGCAGGGAUUUUAGAUAUGUAGUUUGCUUAGCUCUCUUUUUGACAGGUUGACAAGUGGAACGGGUCCAAAUCCUUCUCGUUGGGCACGAUUGACCACGGAAUGGAGGGACAGAGAAGAGGACGAGGAGGAGGGAGGAGAGGAAGACGUGGUGCUCGAGGUGGAGAGGAGAGGGAUGUGCGUCUGUCCAAGUCCCUGUCGUUCGCUCUGCGCCAUGGAGCCGCUCAGAUGGGGCUGAACAUGAGCUCUGAUGGCUUCCUCUUCGUGGAGGAUCUCUUGUCACACCCUCAGUUCCGCUCCUUCUCGUUGGAGGAUGUGGAGAGAGUUGUGGCCACCAACGACAAGCAGCGAUUCAAGCUCCGCCCUGAUCCUGAAGAUGGACGCCUGCAGAUCCGUGCCAACCAGGGACACUCUGUGCAGGUGGCGGACCUGGAGCUGCGGGUGUUGAAGCAUGAGGACCCAGACUGCCCUGCCGAGGCUGUGCAUGGCUCCUACCUCCAGCACUGGCCCUUCAUCCGCUCUCAGGGCCUGAGGCGGAUGAAUCGAACCCACAUCCACCUGGCGCCUGGGCUGCCGGGGGAGGGAGGGGUGAUUAGCGGCAUGAGGCGGAACUGUGACCUGGCUGUUUACGUUGACGUCCACAAAGCCCUGUCUGAUGGGAUCUCAUUCUUCUGGUCGGAGAACAGGGUGCUGCUGACCCCGGGGGAUUCGGAAGGGUUGCUGGCUCCCCGAUACUUCACCCGCGCCAUCAGGCUGAAACCCUCACAGUGUGAACUUCCUCUGGAAGAGAAGCUGUGAUCCGGAAGGGGGAGGGGCCCGGUUUGGAGGUCGUCUGACCGUCCCUACACAGAUCAACUGGAUCCGAUGAUUCCUUAAAGCUGCAGGUUGCCAUGGUGACCAGAACAGUAGGGGGACGAGUCUGGUAAAAGUAAGGGUCGUCACAAGUGUCACAAGUGGAGAGUAUUAACACUGAAUAUGGAUAUAAAAAUGGGAAUAUCAAGAGCCUAUCCUUCUCAGGAGUCUCAGGAGCUCCUUCCUCUCCCGCUAGCUCAGAAGGGACAACCAUGCAUUUCAUCAAUAUCCGAUAGGCGCGUGUGAUGAUAUAAAGCAUCCCGGACCUCGCGCUCAGACACGCCCCCGUGGAUACAAGCGCGAGGGGCGGGGGACGGGAUAUGUGGACAUUCAGCAGAGGGGGGAGCGAAGGAGCCCUGUGUCCCAGUGGCCUGUCCAUAUUAGGCAGCACUCUGUGCUCAAGCGGCUGUGGUUUCCUGCACCGCGUGACACAGCGCUGUGCUAGCACGGCGGCUCUCAUCUCUUUUGUUCCUCGCUGUCACUCUUUGCAGUGGCAUGGGUGACACCCCAGCUGGUCACAGCCAGGUGAAGACCCGGACCUCCGGCACUCUCAGUUCAGUGUGUUUCACAAGCACUUCUUAUCCUUUCUGUUCAGAGCAAUCCUCAAGCCUCCAUGAGACAUUUUGGUGCAUUUACUGUAAAUAUACACCUCAUAAAAUAUAAAUCUUGCAAGUAAUGGAUUUUA